GGUUCCCGAGAGCGCGUUGCGGAACGCACUACCGGGACCCAAGAUGGAGUCGAGCGAGCCCACAGCGGCCAGUCGGUCUGUUGGCUUGCGGCGUGCCGAGGGCUGCGGAGGACGGCAGAGGACGGCCAUAUUGUUUUAGCGGAGUGUUUGUUUUGGUGCAGCCUAAACUCUUGCCCGACGACUCGUAGAAAUCCAGCCCCGUUUCAAAACUUGUGGAAUCGUGCUCGUCGGCCGUUCGACAUCGUCUCGGCGCUCGACCAGACCCAGAGGCCGGCAAUCCCCGCGAGAGGAGCUCGAGCGCUCUCUCCCUCUUCGUCUCUCUCUCCGUCUCUCCCGGGGCUCGUUUCGUGAACGGUGAACGGCCCGAAAUAUGGCUUGCGCCACCCUAAAGAGGUCCCUCGAAUUUGAUCCGGUCCACAGCCACGGGCGGCCCAGCAAGCGACGAAGAUGCGUCCCCAUGUGCGCCUCACCCGGAGCCUCGCCCUCGCAGUCCGCGGCGAGGCCGCAGAACCCCUCGCCCUUUGGCGAGGUCGCCCACAAAUUGACGCCUGAGAAAAUGGCAGCUAACAUCAGAGAGGAGAUUCGCAGACUGCACCGACGCAAGCAGUUGCACUUUAAUCCCCAGAGCAAUGGUGGAGAUUCAUCGGAUAUGGAGGGCCCGGUCAGUCCUUCGAGUCCGUCAACCUCUGGCUCGCAGGUUCAACAAUACAGUCCCAGUGGCAAAGAGAAACCACUAUUUACAUUCAGACAGGUUGGUUUGAUCUGUGAACGAAUGCUAAAGGAACAAGAGACUCAAAUACGGGAGGAGUAUGACCAAAUCUUGAACAUGAAGCUCUCCGAGCAGUACGAUGCUUUUGUCAAAUUUACCUACGAUCAGAUUCAAAAGAGAUUCGAGUCUGGUACUGUACCGAGUUAUUUAUCCUAAAGAUGGUUUCAUACCUUUAAGAACACGUUUCUCCGAAGAUUAUUAGAUUUCUACGAUGUAAGUGAGAGAAAUUUUGCUUGAAAACUGAAAUAUAUCCAAGGCAAGCAGCGCCGCCUUGGGCUUGACAGGUCGACGUUGAGUAAAUUGGAGGAGCUUCGACACACCUUGGCAGGGAGGGACGUCCCUGCUCUCGAGAGUGUAGUAGCAGUGUAAGUUAAGUAGGUUUCGCAUACGAGGACGUAAUCGUACCAGGAAAAUCUACAACGUAUACUAUUAUAAAACGAAACGAAGCAAAAAAGAUGUCGCAAAUGACAGUUUGUACUAGAGUUGGUUUGAAGGAGAAAGUGCGCUGGUAUCAGGGAACUAUGUAGAGUAUUUGAGUGUGUCCGUAGAAAAAGCAACGUUAUAGCGUCUCUUGGCUUUUUGCAUCGACCGAUGUCUACGAAGCCCUUCGGGAGGGUCGCCAAUUCCUAAGGCGAGACAUGCUCAUUUAAGCACAAAACAACAUAGAAGCAUUUAUCGACGAACUGAAUUUAAUGCGAGAAUUUUGUACAGACGUUUGCUUCAGGUUUUCCACCCUAUGAUGUAGAAAUUAUGGCUCCAGGGUUAAUGAAAGAUAUCCAACGAUGCAGACUUUCUUUGUCAGCUUGUGGUCUACAUAAAUUCAUAAGCUAUGAAUAACUUUGCGAACAUCGCAUAUGGUGCAGGGUUGGAAGAAUUCAAAUUGAAAGAAUGACUUAAAAAUGUAUAGAGUAUUUUUUUAAUAAUUCUAAUGCAUCAUCAAAGUUUUCCUUGACAUUCAAUUUGCGUGAACUUCAAUUUUUUCUGUAAAUUUUCUUCGCUGAUGAAACAUUUAAUCAUUUCUUUGUGAACGUUUACGUAAAUCUUUUUUUUCUUUUAACACAAAAAGGUACACUAUGAAAAGCACGUCAAAAAUGGAAAAAUUCUAACACUGCCACUUGCCGUUAAAAUUUAGGAAUCAAAUUUUAAGGUGAAGAAAUCGAAUUAACAAGAACACAACAAGUAUUUGCUAUUUACCACUAGUACUUUGUGUAUUUAAGUAAUUCUUCAUCUUUAUUUUUAUCGUUAUGAUCAUUGAAUGCAACCAUUUAAGGUUAAGACUUGAAAAAUCCAUCGUUGAGAAAACAAAGUCCAGAUCAUUUGCUGGGUAAAAUGUGACCAACCCUGAUAAUGUAUGUUGAGAAAAUUACUUUCGAAAUGAGAGAUGACCAGUGCAACCCUAAGGAAAUGGGGGGGGGGGGGGGAAGAGGCGUCCGUUGUACGACAUUGCCGAUAAAAACUGUCAGUAAAUGACAGACUAUGUUCUUUCGUUGAAUUAGCCGACAGCAAUAGGUCAAUUUUCAACUUAAUGACGAUUCCUACCAAAUUAUUAAAUCGUCUUUUUAGUGCAACACCUCAUUUGCGUUGUUAAAGAAUUAUUCUUAAUGAGUAUCUUUAAGUCAUCGUGGCCAAUUUUGAUACCACAUACGUUCUUCCUAUUAAAAAUAUGUUUGUUGUAAAUAUACAUUAUAUCGGUUUGAUACUCAUUCGUAUUUUGAUAUAGGGAAACGCGUACAUUGAAACCAUCGUGAAUUUUCGGCAAAUCUAUAAAAAGAAUAAGCACAAGUUCUCUGCAUUACACGUAAUUGCAUUUCGUUCAAUUGCAUAUAACAAGAAUCUCUGCCACUGUUCAACGCUGAAAUUGAUUAAUAUACUUAAGGAGUUAAAAAUGGCAUUAAAAUGACGAUUUAAUCUUUAAGUGAGAAUCGCGAUAAAUGGUAAUUUGGUCGAUUUCUGGAGUGUUGCGACGAUUCGUAGAUAAAGUGGGAUCGAAUGUAAACGUCUGAAGCAAUUCGCACAUUCGAUCGGGAAACGGCACUACAAGGGAAGUCCAUGGAGUUACCGUUGAUAGUUUAUUUUCGUACGAAUCGUUCGCGAAUCCUGCCCUCUCGCUCACGUCGUCUCGUUCCAAAAUGCAAAGAGAGUUCGUUUCGGAGAUCAGGUGUGUGCUCGUCUUACCCGCGAUUCCGACUUAUUUUUCUAAAUGCGGUCGUUAACUCCCAUCGCGAAAGUAAGACGGCCCACGUUAACGGGGUUUCAAAUUGACCUGUAAACCGUAGCAUUGUACGAAGCGCAUUGUGUAUAAUAAACAUUUGAAAUAAAAGUUUAAUACGAUUUUGCGUAAACUUUCGUUCCCUGGUAGCAAGCGACUCUCGAGCAGUAAGGCGACGACUCGACGAGACUUACAGCGGCGACGUCUUAAUGUCUGUGAGAAAAACUAGAAGCCGAACGAUCCGUUGACGGAUAUAGAUUAGGUGUCGGUAUGUAAUCUCUGAAAGCAUUUGCCCGUAAAUUUCAAUUAUCUCCGAAGGCUUGGUCUAAUUUCGGUUUUUCAUUUUUUUUUUCCACUUGCCUCCGCGUGUGCCAUUUUUUAGCCACCGAAUGAAUUCGGCUAAAUCGAGGUUCGUUUUGUCUUCUCUCGAGGGGUACUUAAUUAAAACUAUUUACGCGUAUACAUAAAUAUAUGCGGUAACUAACGAAAGCGAAGGAAGGAACGUUGCACGAUCGAGGAUUGGGAGUCGUUCGGCAUAUAUAAGUUUCUCGCUGCAAUCUCAAACCAUGGAGGGAAUUUUUUUUUUCUGCGGAACGCGACUCCCGUAAUGGAUUCAAAGUUAUAAGAGAGCUUUACGGGAAGAAAAUUGAAUCAAAGGAAGGUGAAACUAAACGUGCAAUCUUAGGGUUUACAAACGGACAUCUUAUCGGUUUCUACCUCUAGAUAAGUUUUGAUCGAUGCCAGUCACGGAAACCCGGACAAAACGAGGCUAUCUAGAAAUUCAGAGAGACAUUAAGGCGUGUCUCUUGUCAGUUAUAUUAAUAACUAUACCCGAUGCAUUAAUCGUGCCUAUCAUUAGAAGUUAUUUAUCUUGCGACUCUUCUCGGUACAGGCGCAACUAUAACUUACCGCUGACGACCGUGGACAGUCUAUUAGUUCUUAAUGCAGAUCUUAAAUGCGACGCGUUUAAGUUCUGAUUUUCCGAUUGGACACAUUAGAGGGGGGGGGGGGGGGGGGGGGGGGG